AUUAUGUUUACAAAACACUGAGAACUGUGUUUCGAAAAGUUAGAAAAGAUUAUAGAUCGCUCCAGCCUCGAUAAAACUAGUUGUUAAAAUUUUAAGGAAAUCAUGUCAUCUUAUCAAAUAGGGGAGCCAAUAAACAAUAGAGGAAAAACAAAUCUUAUUGGUGCUGUUGAUCAAGGAACAAGCAGUACUCGUUUUCUGGUGAUUAUCUUACUAAGAUUAGAUCUAAAAUUAAAAUCUAACUAAACUAAGAGUCUAAGAGUACUAGACUACUAGUACUGGUACUAAGACCUAAGUACUAGUUACGACUAGUAGGUAGGGCCUACUAAUAAAAAAUAAAAAGAAAUAAGGAUUGGAUGAGAUCACUAGAAGUAGGGUAUCGGGGGCAUUAAGCCAUUUAAGCACCAUGUUUUCAAUAACUUUUUGUUCUUCCCUUUAAUUAAUAUAAAUAAAUAUUAAAUUCAACCUGCAAAUGUUUUUAAGUAACAGACCGCACAUCUUUCGGUAAUUUACCACUUGAGCGUCGGCCAAGAAAAAAUCCAGCUGUUCUGGUUGGAAGGGCUAUUUAAACAAUUAUUCUUAUACUAUUUUUAAUGGCAUUGGUUGUACGUAUUCAUUCCCAUAACAAUAGUACUAAUACAAACACACAAGAACAUUUUUUUUUUUAUAGAAAAACUAUUUAAAAAAUUUGAAAUAGAAGAAUUUAAAAAAUUUAAUGUUUGAAAAUGGAAUUAUGCAUAUUUCUCCCCCAAGGCGACAAUGAAGUUUAAAAAAAUAUAAGUUCCACAAAAUCUGUUGUGGUACCAGUACAUGAAUUCACGUAAAUAUGAAGGGGAAAGAUCACGGCUUGUGCCAAACUGUCUUUUCAGUUUACGCUUUUUGAGCAUCCACGUUUUCCACACUCUUUAUGUGGAUAUCCGCGUCAUCUGGAUAAAAAAAAAAUUAUUUUGUUAAUGCACCAUCUUAGGUGCUGAAUAAGGGGUCUGACAAAUUCAGCAGUAGUGUGGACAGUCACCAUUCUUCUUCAUCUCGUAUCUGAUCUGUAUCAAACAUAUUGGACAUCGGCUUUAUUGUAGUCUCUUUGUCUUCCUGGCAUAUCAAUAGCUUGGCAGUAAUCAUUAUUUAAAUGUAUUAGUAUUGUGCUAUAUAACUUUAUAGCCUAUAGGGAAGGAAAAAUAUUAACGGACUCCAAUGUAAGAAUAAUUGUUUAAAUAGCCCUUCCCACCGGAAAAACUGGAUUUUUUCUUGGCCGACGCUCAAGUGGUAGAUUACCCAUCUUUCUUUACAAAAGCUUUAACUUUAAUGAGCAAAAUUUAAAUCCAUUAUAUAUUUAUAUAGUCAAUAUAGAGCAAAAAAGGGGCAAUCCUCCGAAGUCCGGUCCCAAAUUAUUUUGAAUGAAAAAAAAUUACAAUGCACAGUGUUUAUUGUUAGAAAACAGCAGAAAUGUCAAUCAUAGCUUUUGCAAAUAACUGUCACUUUACAAACCAGUAAGUAAAUACUAAAUAUUGUAAUUGGCGCAUAUCAUUUGCAAAUAGCAGCAUAAAACUUUCUGAAUGUGACUGUGGCGCGACUGAAAGGCCCCCAAGUAGCUGGCAAACAGACAGUGACAGAUACCACUCUGAUAGCGGAAUUUACAUUUCGCAUGCAUCCUAAGUCCUUCAAUAGUUUCUGUGUGAAGGUCCUGGUCUACUGGAUCAACAAAUUCAUGCGCGUGCAGAGUGACAGUGUGAUCAUAAAUCCCAUUGUUGAGCUAAUCGACAUAUUGAUAUUCGCCAAGCGUCCGUGAUAAUAGUUGUUCCUGGUAAAAUAUAAUUAGUGAUAAUGCACUCGAUUUUAACAUAAUUUGCCAUAAUUUAACAAAUUUAUUGAAAUAUAUACGCAAAAAUGAAUUUCAAAAAAAAAUGAUGCCUAAGACUCUUAAGCAAGGAGUAAUCAUUGGAAAUAAUUUGGGACCGGACUACGGAGGAUUGCCAAAAAAGGUUUAAAAGUUAAAACUAAUUUUGACUUAUAUUUAACUAAAUGGGGGCGAUAAGCUCCAGCAUGUUUAAUGCAAAUAUUUUCACAUAGGUUGUAGGCAAUUCUUACAGAACCACUCCAUUGCUUCAAAAUCACCUUCUUCUGGGAUUUUUGUGCAUUUAACAUGGUAUCAAAUGUCACACAAGUCACAACACACCCAUUCUCCUCGUCCUCCAUGAACACCACACUUAAGGCACACAGUGUCAUUAUCGUCCUCAUCACUGUCACUAUGCUCCCCAUCUGGAAGAUUUCUUCUUUUUCUCAUGGUCUUUUUUCUUGGAGCUUUAUCUUUUUUUGCUGCUUCUUCUCUCAGUUGCUUCACAAAUCAAACAUGCUUCAAUAGCAUCCUUGUUUAGAGUGUGUUCUGGUUUUUUUUUACGACCACUUUCGGAUGGCGUCUCAUGAAGCCACUCCAGCAGUCCCUACUAGGUUGACCAUCCACAAAAGGCAUUUGAAGAUCAUUUUCCUUCACAAAUUCUUGAAUGAUGUCUUUCACCUCCUCUUUACUGAAACCCCAGCCCCACUGAGGCUACACAAUAAGGCAGUGUGCCAGUUCUUCUUGAUCAGGUGUCAAAGCAGUUUGCCUCCCUUAAUGAGAAUUUACUGUUUUAAAUCAACUCCAAUGCUUGGAUUCCCAGUUGGCAGACAUCUGCUUACUCAUGACAGAAUUGUAGGCAUCUGCCAUUGUCUGGUUAGUUGCACAGGACUUCCUGCCUUCUCCCUCUUUCUUUUUUUAGGUCCGAACCAUUCUGCAAAAUAAAGGGGGCAAUAAGUUCCACUAUCAAAACUGCAUUUAAAUUUUUUUAAACUUAUUUCUACAAAUUAAUAACUUUUGUUUUCAUUUUAAACUCUCUCUGUGUAAUUUUUAUUGAAUUAAAAACAUUGAUUUUAUUAAUCUGAUCAAUAUUAUUUGGCUGUUUUAAUCAUCUUUUUUAACAGUUGAGGGUAUUGAGCCCCUGCUAAUUAAAAUAUUUCUUUUUAUAAACUAAUUUAAUUAAAUAAAUAAAUAAUCUACAGAACCAUAUUUCUCUUACUAAUGCUUUCUAUUCAAAAUAUUGAAAGAAACUUUAGGAUUAAAGGGAAAUUUAGAGAUUUUUAAAAACAAUCUCUAAAUCAUUCAUCCAACAGCCAUUUCACUUUGCCAAAAUGGCCAGCUUCAUUUGCUCUACAAAUAUCAGUAUUUUAACUCAUUCAUUACUCACACAUAUAGACAAAAACUUUAAAAAGUACUUACUUAGUUUAUCUGUACAUGUAUUUGUAUGGAAACUAAAAACUCUCAAUGUAGAAAUAGAAUUUCAAGUAAAAGCAAAGCAAGCACUGGCUUAGCUGAAGUUUUACAAACAGUUUGAAGAAAGCUGAAAACUAGAGGGGAAAAGCAUUCAUCUAAAAAGGCAAAUUAAAAAAAUCAUCCCAUAGGUUAGAAAGCCAAGAAUGGUUGUGAAAAGUUCUCCGAUUGGUUAGUAAGUCUCUAAUAAAGUAGAGCUUAAUCCCCUUCUCUCUUCUUACAAUAGUAUCAAGCAUUUUAUUGUAUGAACUGAGCAAUUGGGGCUUAAUUCCCCAUGGAGCCUAUUACCCCCUUUUACCCUAUAUAUUAGUUUUUUUACAAACGUACUCAGUUUACUGUUAUUAUGUCUAUGAACACCAUAUUUAUCCCAUUAGUUCCUGCCCUAGAUGUAGACUACUGGAGUCAAAUUAGUAGUCUAGAAAAUAAUUCAUUUGAGAUCCAGAUUGAGAUCUAAUUUAAGAGAUUACAAUUUAAUUAGAUAGUAUAGUAUAAUUAGUAUUCAUUAGUAUUACUAGUUUUUAACUUUAGUAGUGGUGUACUUGUCACUUCUCCGUUUACUAGCCUGGAUUUUCUCAGCCUAGACCUAAUUAAAAUAACUAACAAAAUACAAUAGUCAUGUGAUGUGACCUAGCAUCCACACUCAUAAAGUCAAGAUUUCUUUUAGCAUUAUUAUUCUUAUACUUAUAGUCAUAGAUGUGGUGGUGUCCUUAACCUAAAUCACUAAUAGUUUAGUCAAUAUAGUCUGCACCAUUCCUCAGUUUGAUUCUACACAUUUUAAAGAGAGUGGAUUUCUCACUGUUCUUCACUUAGAACCAAAAAAAAAAAAUUAAUGUUAAAUACAACAUUACUUACUUAUGCCUUUUACCCCACCUGGGCAUAGGCUGUCUACAAGAAUUUUCCUUUCAGUUCAGUCCUGUGCUUUACUUUCAAGUUGCUUCCAGGUGUGUCCCCUACUUUGUGUGCUGCCUGUAGCUUGGGUCCUCGGAUUUGAAUCUUCCAGUAUAACCUGGCUUUGGCCACAAUAGUUCAUAACUCUUCUUGGGGCAGAAAAGCCCUCAUUUAUCUGGACUGACAUUUUUUUUUUUUUUUUUAAAAUCUUUUUGAUGUUUUUUUGUAGCCUAGCAGUUUGUUUUUUGCAGGUGAGGUAUUUGGUCUCACACCAACCCUCCUCCAACCUGGGCUUGGGAGUUAAAAUCAACAUUAACAAAAACUCAACUGAGAAUUUUAGAGUUUUUUUUAAAGAGUUACAAUAUUUUGAUCAUCAUAAAUAUUGUUUGUUAAAAUAGUAUUUAUUUGUGCAUAUAAUUUAAUACUGACUAUACUAAAAAAAAAUCCAAAUCGAUGUGCUUUCAUUUAUUUUUAGUCUUUAAUAUUAAUAUUAAUUUUCUUGUAACUUACCAAUUAAAUUUAUGCCGCUAGAAAUAAAUCAAGGACCUGGCCUAACAAAUUUCCAACAUGUCAUGUUGGCCAAUUAUUAUUUAAUAUGUAAUAUCAUGAUAUUUUUGGUAGUUGCAAGAUUUAUUUAUGCUAGAGUUAUGAGAUGGAUAUAUUUCUACCCUCUCCCAGAUUUUUAAUGCAGACACAGCUGAAGUUGUCACCUACCACCAGACAGAAAUCAAACAAAGCUAUCCUAAAGGAGGGUAAGUUAUGCAGCCUUACAUUUUAAUUUAAUUGCAAUGGCUUCAAUGUUAUUAAUGGAAACUUAAAAAUAAAUAUUACUUAAAAAAUAAAUAUCACUAUCAUUAUUUCAUAUUUAUUUAAAAUAGAUUACAAACAAACUAUGUGUGAGACUCAGAAUUAGAAGAGUAAUUUCAUAAAAAAAUUUUAAGAGAACUUUUCCCUUUGAUCAUCUAUCUCCAGAUGGGUGGAGGAGGAUCCAAUGGAAAUAUUGUUGUCAACCAAAACAUGCAUUGACAAAGCCACAGACAAUCUUAUAGGUCUAGGGUUUGAAACAACUGACGUGAAGGGUAAGUCCUUGAGCAAUUCACAUUGGCUUCAAAUGUGUUAGGUGUUAAGUGUUCACUGCUUGUGUUACACUAUAGCUGCGAUCAGAGUAAAAUAUAUUGAGGCGUGAAAGAAACUAUGAUCUUCUUGGGUGAUGGGUUAUUUUCGGAAAUUUGCAACCAGUUCAAAGUAAAAAUUGUGAUUGUGUUUUCAGACAGGGUUAGUUUCUUGUUUUGAAAUAUCAGCAUCUGGACAUUCCUCUGAAACUUAUACUUGUAAACGCAGCUAAAUUUAUUCUUGUGUACUGUAAUGUUGAUGAACUAAUGAAUAACAUAUCAUAUAUACUUAUGAAUGUAAGAUGGUAAGGGUUACUACAUGCAGAUGGUAAGCAGUUACCAGUAAAAAAAAUAGAGGCAGCCACCCAGAUUUAACUCAUGGGCAUGAGACCCGUGCUUGUAAGGAUAUAUUGAUUCAACGUGUCCUAUCGUUUCCUUAAAUACUUGUGUAUGUAAGACUCCCAGUAUUUAUUUGGUUAAUUUAUUUUGUUAAGUUACAAAAUUAAAAUUAAAAUAAAUUUAAUUACACUCUUGAAAUGUCUGACUUUGUCUUUCACAGAGUGUUGAUGUAAAAGCACAAAUUACAAUUUUCUCUUUUACUUUUCAGCCAUUGGUAUCACAAACCAAAGGGAAACGACUAUCGUAUGGGACCCAACCACAGGGAAACCACUUUACAAUGCAAUUGGUAUUUCUAAUAUUGUGUUUUGCCUUGAAACUUAACAUUGUUUUCUACCCCCACUCACUACUUUUUUUGCAGUAUAUUUGCAAUUAAUUGCCCAUUUCUAACAUGACUCCAGUUUUAGUCUUAAUGUUAAUGAGUUUUUAAAGCAGAAAGGUAUAUGAAUAUUUAAAAGCCACAGCAUUUUCAAACCAAGUGACACUCCGUUAACAUCAGUUGUUAAAGUUAACGUCAAAUUCAUAUCAUCCUGUCAUAUAAAAAAAUGAAUUUAUAUACAUCCUUCCUUCUUCACGGGGCGAUGGAGUAGCUAUAAACACUUCAUCAAAUGGCUGUAAUGUCAGACUCAGUGGCACUUUUUUGCAGGAGAAACUUCACCCCUGGUUAAAUUUGGCCUUCCAUAAUGUUCUUUUUUUUUCCACAACGGCUUCAUUUCGCAACAUCUUCUGCUUUUUUUACUCUUUCAUACACUGCUGUUGACCGGCUGGAAAGUUGUUCAGUGAUGAUCUCCUAUUCAUUGAUUUCUAUGUUGGCUUCCCUUCCCUUUUGCAAGCAUCUUUAAAUGUUUUACAAAAUCUCAUUUCUUAUUUUACAUUUAUAGCCAGUUUGACAAUAAAAAUGGAGCUUUAUAUAAGUCUGUUGUCACUUUUAUUUACUAUCAUUCCUUGCUAGAAAAUAUUCACCUAAACGUUAAAAAAAUCUAAAUAGUAAUAAUUGUUCUUCAAAUAUAUGAUAUUUUAAAACUGAGGUUUUUUUUUGUUUUUUUUUUCAGUCUGGUUGGAUCUUCGUACUGCCUCAACUGUGGAACAGCUGAUCAAGAAAACACCUGGUCACAACAAAGAUUACCUAAGGGUAUUUACUUUAUUCAUUAUUCUGUUCUUGUUUGGUUAAUAUAUUACAUACAAAUUUGUCAAACAUUAGGCUGUGCAUAAGAAGAGCAAUAAAAAUCUAAUUCCGAAAAAAACAACAGAUAUUAAAAACGUCGUUCUUUUCAACUCGGUAACUAUUUGAUAUUAUUUGAUUAAUUUGUUAAGAUUCAGAUUUAUCUCGACACAAUUGUUGCUCAAAACUUUGUUCUCUUCCAGGCCUUGUGUGGUCUCCCUUUGGCCACCUACUUCAGUGCCUUAAAGCUUCGAUGGCUACUGGACAACUCUGAGGUAGUAAGGAAAGCCGUAGAAGAUGGCAGGUGUUUAUUUGGUACGGUGGACUCCUGGCUUCUCUGGGUGAGUGAUAUGCAGUGUGUUUCCAAGCCUUGUCCAGUAUGUUGUGACCAAUCCUGGCAAGUAUUGAAUAUAUUGACCCAUCAUUCUUAUGAUCUCCCACACCUUGGCUUAAGUGUUUUGAUUGAUUGGAAUAGGUUUCAAUAGUAUGUGUGUGUGUAUUGUAAUUGAUUUUAAUCCAAAAAAAAAAAUUUUUAUUAAGAGAUUAAAAUGUACAAUUGGUGUAAAUUGUAAGAGUAGAAGUACUGAGUGCUGGGUGGCUGAGUGGUCUAAACUGAGCCCAUCCAAGGUGGAUGGGAAUUGUUAGUCUUGGAUGGAAACUCAUCUCAGAUAAGGAUACUCUGAAUUCAAACCUGGAGAUGGCAUCCCAUAGGCGGCUAACUUUGAAACAAUGGACCAUUCCGAUAAUGCCUGUGACGCCAUUGCCAUCUCUGAGAGCGCUGUGAGCAUGCUAAAAUAGCAUGGAUACAAGCCCUAUACAAAUAUUCAAUCAAUCAAUCAAAAAAAGUAAUAAAGACAGUUGUUUAGAUGAAAUUGCAACAAAUUAGAAAAAAAGUAUUGUAGACAUAUAAAAAAAUCAUUAUUUCAUAACGCUCUGGUGAAAGUAACAGAAGUCGUAAACUUUAUUUAAAACAAAUUAUAUAUAUUUAUUUUAUUUUUUUUUAUAUCACAAGGAAAAAAUUUUUUAAACUGCCGGCAGGCUUCUUCUAAUUAUGAAAUUUUUGAUGAUCAGUUUAAUAGUUACCUCAAGAAAAUGGAAUUCAUGAAUUUGGCUAAGUUUUUUUUUUUUUUUUUUUUGCUAAUAAAUGUGUUGUGAGAAAAAAAAUUAUUGCAAAAGCACAAAUAUGCAUUAAAAAGGUGAUAGCAAUAGGCACUGUCAAUAAUAAAAGAUCUUCUAAUUAUGAAAUUUUUGAUGAUCAGUUUAAUAGUUACCUCAAGAAAAUGGAAUUCAUGAAUUUGGCUAAGUUUUUUUUUUUUUUUUUUUUGCUAAUAAAUGAGUUGUGAGAAAAAAAAUUAAUGCAAAAGCACAAAUAUGCAUUAAAAAGGUGAUAGCAAUAGGCACUGUCAUGAAUAAAAGGCAGAACGGGGGAUUAGUUCUGCCGCAGACAUGUAGAUUUGAGGGAAAAAAAUGUUUUUCCAGAACCUGACAGGUGGGCCAAAAGGUGGCCGCCACGUAACAGACGUGACCAACGCCAGCCGCACGAUGCUGAUGAACCUCGCCACUCUGGACUGGGAUGAUUAUUUAUGCAGGUAAAAAUAAGCUGUGUCACUGUAACUAAAAAUGGUUUUAAAAUAUAGUGUAAUGCUAAAUAAAAUGUAAUGCUAAACAAAGUGUUAUGCUAAGCAAAAUGCAAUGCUAAACAAAGUGUAAUACUAAACAAAAUGGAAUAAUAAACAAAGUGUAAUACUAAACAAAAUGUAAUGAUAAACAAAGUGUAAUGCUAAACAAAAUGGAAAUAAAAUGUUAAGAAUUAAAGUAAGUAAUAAGGUGGAGAGACUGCAUUCAGGUUAGGUAAAAGGGAAUGAGGGAAACAAAGUAUUCGGGAGAACCUGAAACAAAGGACAUGAUGCCACAAAACAAUGAACGUGUGGACAAGAAACCUUCUUCAGCGAACAAACAAGGGUAAAAACUAUGUAAACAAAUUUUUUUUGAAAAUAAAAACUUUGUGACAGUAUUUAAUUCAUUUAUUCCAUGAAAUAGCUUUGAGAUUAGAAUAAUUGGGCUGUCUUGAAGAAAAGCUUUUCCUUGUUUUUUCUAAUUGCUGCACUUGUUGACAUCCAUCCAUCCCUGUGGCGCUACAGCCCAUUUAGGGCUUUGGCCCACCUCACUACUUCCUUCCACUCAGACCUAACUAAUGCUUUUCUUUUCCAUUCUUGGAUUUUCAGUUGUUGUAGUUCUUUUUCCACAUGAUCCAUCCAUCCAUAUGGACAGGUUGACAUGUUAAAAAGUGCAUAGAUGGAUGGAUGGACUUGUUGACCAGGUCAACAUGUUUUGAUGAAAUUGUGUUGUUGGUUUUUCUUUUUUCUAAUACGAUAUUAAUUCAACUAAUGUUUGCCAGGCCUGUGAACUCUUCUAUAAGUUUGGUUGUGUGCCGAGAUAAUGUCUGUAGCUCAGUUGCGUGCUGAGUUAACGUCUGUAGUUCGGUUGUGUGCCGAGAUAAUGUUUAUAGCUGAUUGGUGUGCUGAAAUAUCAUCUAUACCUCAGCAGUGUGCUGACAUAAUGUCUAUAGUUCAGCUGUGGGCUGAGAUAAUGGAUCCUAUUUUUUUUAUGAUGACACAGUCCUUUCUUAUGUCCAGGUUUUUUGAUAUACCAAGGAAUAUAUUACCCAGCAUUCAUAGCUCAUCGGAAAUUUAUGGAGACUUAGCCAUCACAGCCUUAAAGGGAACCAAGAUAUCAGGGGUAUGAAGUAGUUAAAACUUUGACAUGGUUAAAUGAAAUGAUUAAUUGUCAAGCAAUGUACCGCUUUACUUGUUAGUAUGUUCUAAAUCGGCUCAACAUUCCAUCACUGAUUUUUGUUUAUUGUAAUUUUCUAGGCAUGUCUAAGAAAUACCAUACACUAAAUUCUUCUUCUCAACCCUUUCAAAAAUAUGAAAAUUUGAACUUUUAUUCCUAUACUAGUGUUAACAAUUAUAACAAAAAUUAAAACCAAGAAAACUAUGCUUUUUUUUUUUUAAACACUUAUGUCCCAUCCACAAAACUGAUAUGGCUGGAUAUAAAGUAUAAUUGUUUUAAUUCUUUUACGUGGCUUAAGAGGAUUACAACCAGCAAAAAAUAUUGCGCCUUAAACUUGUUCACAUUUUUCAGAUCCUAGGAGACCAGCAGGCAGCCCUGGUUGGGCAAAGCUGCUUCAAAGUUGGACAAGCCAAGAACACCUAUGGGACUGGCUGCUUCUUGUUGUAUAACACUGGCCUUACUGUAAUUAGUAAUAUUAUUAAUAUUUUUUAAUUUUUUUUUUUUUGUGAGAAUGCUCCUGGUUAUCAUAAUUUUUAUUUUACAGGCAUUUAAACUGCAAUGCUCAUUCAGAUUAAGGUUAUGAAUCAGAAGAACAUUUUUGCUUGGUUUCUUUAAACAUAGAAAUUUCAUACUUAACAUAUCACACUUAAUAUCACACAUAAACACUUUAUAUUAGACACUAGUUGACAUCAACUGGUGUAUGAUUAAAAAUAUGAAUUUGUUUUUUUUUAAAAUAACUUUUAUGAAAAGAAUAUUUUUUCACGAUAACAUUUUUUUUUGGGGGGGGAGGUGGGGGUAGUUUAAAUGAAGAAAGCUUCAACCUGUAAAAUCUUUCACAAAUUAAAGAAGAUCUUUCCAUGGGUCCCCCACAGCCUGUUGAAUCUAAGACUGGACUUUUGACCACUGUGGCCUACAAGCUGGGCAAGAACAAGCCUGCAGUGUAUGCCUUAGAGGUACAUCUUUCUUUGAGUAUUUUGAUUAACUUUGGUUCGAGUUACACAGCGCAAACUGUAAUAUGAUCACAGACUUAUGCGCUUGCGUCAGAUUUUUUUUUUUAAUGUAAUAAGUCCUGAGCACCAAACUCCUUUUAAACGUUGUUGUAAAAUGUUAAUUGUUAGAAAAGCACUUGUUAAAUUUUCAGAAUACCAAAGUUUCAUUCCACUUUAUCUACUCAACAUUAGUCCAACUUACAAGAAUGUGAACCAACCUGAAAAACCAUUCAUUUAGAUUUACUCAUAAAAAUGGAAAAAAAGAAAUAGAGUUGAAAAAAUUAUCGCUAUAUUGUUUUGCUGUAAAUCUAAAUAAUCUAAAUAAUUUUUAGAAAAAGGUAAAUCCCCCCCCAGGAUAAAUCUAUAAUUAAGAGAUGUUUAAAUUAAUUUUCAUUCUUACAUUUUCACCCAGCAAUACAUUUAUUAUUCUAUCACCCCCCCCCCCACCCCCUGAAACCCCUUUCUCUCAGGGUGCUAUAGCUAUUGCUGGAGCUUGUGUUGCAUGGCUUAGAGACAACCUUGGAAUCAUUUCAACCUCAUCUGAAAUAGGUAAAAAAAACAAAACAACACUCUACAGAUGCACUGACCAUUGCAGGGGUUUUAAUUUUUUUGUCAGGUCAGGUUUUUUUAAAACCGUUUCUCAUUUUUGAAGAGCAGCCUUCGUGUUAAGAUCAGUCCGACUGAUGUAGUGUUAAGAUUGGUCCCAUAGACUUAGUGUUAAGAUUGCUUUUUGCAGACUCAGUGUUAACCUAGGUCUCACAGUCUUAGUGUUAAGAUUAGUCCCACACACGUAGUGUUAAGAUUGGUCCCACAGACUUAGUGUUAAGAUAUGUUUAACAGAGUCAGUCUUAAGAUAGGUCCCUCAGACUUAGUGUUAAGAUUAGUCCCGCACACGUAGUGUUAAGAUUGGUCCCACAGACUUAGUGCUAAGAUUGUUCCCACAGUUUUAGUAUUAAAAUUUGUCCCAUGAAAUUCGAUCUUUAUUCGUGCUAACUUUUGCUUAAACUUGCGAGAAAUUCUGUUUGGAAUAAUUACAUGACUUGAGAAAAUGGGAUUCCAUUUACACACUAUUGUUUCCUGCUGAAAAGCACUUCAUUUCUUUUACUUUUCAUAACUUUCUGCUUCAUAACAACUUGUACGAAUAUUGAAUAAAAGCUAACAGGUUCCUCUUAGUAUUUAACAAGGUUAAAGAAAGUAUACGACUCGCAAAAUUUUGGUAUUGCAUGACAUCCUGCAGCCUUUUCUUUAAGAGCCACAUUUUAACAUGUUAAAUAGAUUCAACAGCAUGUCUGCUAAUUAUCAACACUUUUACUCUCAGAACAACUGGCCUCUGAAGUGGACAGCACACAUGGAUGCUGCUUCGUACCAGCUUUCUCUGGUCUGUUUUGUCCAUACUGGCAAAAUGAUGCGAGAGGGUAGGGUCAUUUUAUCAGCCAUAGUUUCUUUUGUUUUUGUCAAACAAUGAGUUUAAGAAAGUACACUGCAUUGAAAUGUUUAGCCUAGUUUUUUUUUUAAUGAAAUGUUUAGCCAAGUUUAUGCUAUGAAAUGUUUUAGCCAAGUUUAUGUUAUGAAAUGUUUAGCCAAGUUUAUGUUAUGAAAUGUUUUAGCCAAGUUUAUUUUAUGAAAUUUUUUAGCCAAGUUUAUGUUAUGAAAUGUUUUUGUUUAUGCAAUAUUUGACAGAAUCAUCUGUGGAUUGACCCAGUUCACCAACAAGAAACAUAUUGCCAGGGCUGCCCUUGAGGCUGUCUGUUUCCAGACAAAGGAGGUAAUUUUGUCAUUUUAAAAUAAAAAAAUUUUCUCUGCUAAUUUACCAAAGCGCAAAUGGAUCUGUCAGCUACUUUUCUCAUGGAAGCAAAAUUUACACUGUUGGCGUAGACAGAAGGUCAGGAAAAAUGUAAAGCCUGUCAAAGAAGAGCUGACAACGUUAAGGGUGGGAAGCUGUAAAGGUGAAAGGUCAACUGUGGUGAUGUCCUUACCCUUGACAUUGGUUAGGGAUGGCUAAGGCUUUAAAGGGUUUAAACAGUACAUUUGGAUUUUUUAAAUAAUACUUAUGGUUGAAUACAAUUCAUUUAAUAAACCAGGAGUUAGUUGUUCUAAAAACAUUAUUAUUAUUUUUUUUUAAAAAUUAUUUAGCUGCUGGAUGCCAUGAACAAAGACAGUGGCCUUGACCUCACCAGUGUUAAGGUAGACGGGGGAAUGACUGGUAACUCUUUGCUCAUGCAGAUACAGGCAGACAUUCUUGGGAUCAAAGUGGGUAAGUUGAUUGUCCUGAUGUCAUGUGCAGUCCAUCUCUUUCAUUCCUUAGAUGGUGCUUAUGUUUUUUUCUACAUAUCAAUGUAUGAUGUCAUCUCAUAUACAGUCAAUUUUAUGUGAUUGUGCUUAUGUGUGAUGCUACUUACAAAAAGUGUGAUGUCAUAAGUUCACAAAAAUGAUCUAUGAUUGCACUUGGGGUGCCCACCAAGGGUUAAAAAAAAAUCCAUUCAGCAUGUUAAAAAUUAAAUCUUUAAACAUUCCAUUUCUUAUGGUCGUUAAACAUGCAAGUGAAAACAUAAAAAAUUAAAUUCUUUAUAGAAGGAGCUUUGAAUUUUUCCUAUUGUUGUAAUUUAUAUAGGAAAUAAUUAAUAUUGUAUUCUAUUAAAUUUCUGGCUAGUUCUUUUGUGUGACAUAUUUGAAGUAAUUCUAAGUUCAUGCACUAGACCGAUGUUUUCCAACAUGGGACCCACGCCCCACAGGGGGGCAAUUUGAUUUUUCAGGGGGGCAAUUGAAAAAUGAGCUGUCUAAAAGUUGAAAACCAACCAUCUACUAUGAUUUAACUUUAUGUUAAAAGGAGAAUCGUUAAAGUCUCAAUUUGAAAUAAGCGUUAAUUAAAAGUGAAUUUCAGUUCUCCAUUAUAUGUUUUGAAAAUUUUCUUACUACGUUUCCUCACCGAUUUCCUAGUGAUUUCUUCCUAAAACCUAUCAUUGAAGUUUCUUCAGGGAACAACCCUAUUUUUGGAUAUUAAAAAUUAUGUAUAUGAUACAUGGGGGGAGGCAUAAGAAUUUUAGAAAGGCUUCAGUGGGGCAUGGCACAAAAAAAGCUUGGGAAACACUGCACUAGACAGUGUGGACAAUAAUGAAAGGACUGCUGAAAAAUAAGUUUCCUUUUGUUUUUUCAGUGCAUGUAAACUUUGUUUUAUGUUGUAUACAUGACUGCUGUCCCUUAACUACAAGACUGCUGUCUUUUACCUACAAGACUGCUGUCCAUUAAUUACAAGACUGCUGUCCAAUAAUUACGAGCAAUGCUUAUUGGAAUGUUUUUUUUUAUUAAAGUGAGGCCAUCCAUGACUGAGACGACUGCCCUUGGGGCAGCAAUGGCUGCUGGAGCUGCCCACGGCAUCGACGUCUGGACAAACUUAGAAGGAGAUAAUCAGAGUACAAUCACAUGUGAUGUCUUUGAGCCGACGAUCACUUCCCAAGGUCAGUCCCGAUGCCACCGUUAAUUUAAAGUAAUUAAAGGGUCCAAAAAUUAAUUGUGGCCAAAAAGUAAAUAACACUACAAGACACUACAAGACACUACAAGACACUGCAAGACACCGCAAGACACCACAAGACACUACAAGACACUACAAGACACUACAAGACACCACAAGACACCACAAGACACCACAAGACACCACAAGACACCACAAGACACUACAAGACACUACAAGACACCACAAGACACCACAAGACACUACAAGACACGUGUUGUUGGUUUUUAGACAAUUAGGAUGAUAAUUAAUUUUAGAAGAGGGUGAAGGUUGAAGUGGUUUCAAAUUCAGUGUAAAAGCUUAUUAUAGAUUGUUUAAUAUUACUCAAAUUUAUUUUCUUAUACUUUGUAGAAAGUGUUGAAUGGACCAUGUAAUAAUUAAAAAAUAAUAAUCUUCUCAAAUUCCGAAAAUUGUUAGUUGGAAAUCAGUUCUUGCACGAGUUGUUUUGUUUUAAAUUUUCUUCCCAAAACAUAGAACGUUCAGAGCGACUGGCCAAAUGGAAGUCCGCUGUUAGCAGGAGUAUGCACUGGGAGACUUCUGGAAGAUCACCACGUAAAUUAAUUUUUUUUAUCAUAAAAGACAAAUUAUGUUUUGAUGUCAUAUGAUUUUUGACAUCAAAGACCACUUUAUGUUUUAAUGUGAUAACUUUUGAUAACAGUUGGUCAAUAAGAAAGCUAUAACUAACCGAUUAGCUGCACUGUACUUUAGGUGUGUCAUGAGUAAACUGCUGUACCUUCAAGUAGUUUCUUAAGUAAACUUUUGUACCUUCCAGGUGUGUCGUAAGUAAACUUUUGUACCUUCCAGGUGUGUCAUAAGUAAACUUUUGUACCUUCCAGGUGUGUCAUAAGUAAACUUUUGUACCUUCCAGGUGUGUCAUAAAUAAACUUUUGCACCUUCCAGGUAUGUCCUCGGGUUUCUGGGAUGUGUUGGCACCUGGCCUGUUCAUGUGGACAAGUUUUGGUUUAAUCAUCGUAGCUCACCUGGCAGCACUGACCCUCAGGAGGUAAACGUUGGGACGUUCUGGCCAUCGGAAGAAAAUAACCUGUGACCUGUAUACCAUGAUAGAGUAUAACCUGUGACCUAGUUAGUUAUGAUGCCAUGGUUCCCAAACCUUUUGGUACAUGACGCCCCCCCCCCCCCCCCCCCAAAACAACAAAAUAUUUUUUUCUCAAUCUAGUCAGUUUAGAAGAAAAUAAUUUUUUAUCUUAAAGUUAUCUAGUGUAACUUUUUAAAAUUAGGUUUAUAUCAGUAAUGUGUUAACUAAAAAUUUUUUUUUUUGCUUAUCACUUGAUAUAAAAAAAUCUCUCUUGUAAUUUACCCUCAGCUGCUCUAAGAAUAUCUUGUUUUUUUUUCAAACCGUAAUUUCAGGUUUAAUUCUAACAAUAUUAAACAAAGCAGCAUAAUACAUCUUACCGUAUAUUCCCAUGAAUAAUUAAACCCAUUAUGAGACUCAAACAAUGUGUACAUCACAUGGGAAUAAAUGGCGGCAGACAUGGCUGGAAUGUUUCAAUAUUCUGUUUAAAAAAAAUUAUGUUUAAUUUAAACUGAAACUCAAGUUCCAUACAAAAACUUAAGGAUGUUUUGAUUUCUUAUUCUUGUUCCUC